AUGGAAGGCUAUCAAGUACUUCUUAGAUACUAUGUCUUCGUAAUAGGGAUCUUUACUACACUUCCAAGUGUUUCUAGAGGUAACACUCUAACCUGAGUUCAAGCAGUCUAUAUUUUUAGUAGUCUGGCUCCUUUGGAAAAUAUUAAUUUUUUUCGGUACAUUCCUAAAGCCACCAUUUUCCCUUUGUCUUUUGAACAGCUUUCAGCCAAGGUUCCAUUAACAACUUUGUCUAUGUGAACUUCAUGAUAAAUGAAUUUUCCUACCUCAAUAUCACAAGUAUUUCGCGGAAUCUUAUUCAAGAAGAAAACGAUUGUGGCUACGCCUGUUUAGAAAUUCCAUCGUGUUUUUCUUACAACGUGGCUGCCUUCCCUGAUGUCAACGGCAAACUUCUGUGUGAACUCCUCCCAUCGGACAAAUAUAACAACUCGGAUACGUUCAACGCCAGCAAAGAGUUUCAUCAUUUUUAUAUUCCGGUGAGUCAAACUACUUAUUUAUCACAACUUUUUCAUUGGAAGGAUAAUAAAUAACCCUCUCACGUAUCUCUUUGCUUGGAGAAUCAGUCUCCAAUGCACUGAUCGAACUGUGCUUCAAAUGCAAAAAAAAAAAAACAAGUUUGCUAGGGAGUUUGCCUUUAAGGCAUGAAAAAGGGGAGCCGGGGGGGGGGGGGAAAAAAAAAACACCAAGAGCGUUUUCCAGUAGUAAUACGCCUGCCUAUUUCUAAUGAAACAAUCCCUGACAUACUUUAUGAAAUUAAAAUCGCUAUUACCUUCGAAUGUCAGGCAGAUUCAAAUUCAAAUUCAAGAUUCAUAUUUGCCUUGAAAAUUACUCAAAGUUCAAUACAUCUUAUUGUUUUAGCCUUCGGCGCCAUUAACUUGCAUUGAUACACCUGUCUUAUCGUAAUCUGCCGGAUAUACUAUCCCUUAUUUCUCUCACAAAAAUUGUCCAAAUUAUUUUCGAUUGUGGAGCAAAAUUGUCAUCAUCAGCACAAGGUCUUGAAAUUCGGUGACAUGGCCACAAAUUUAGCUCAUAAAAAAGAAUUCAGUUCUAAAACCUCUAACGAAUGGCUGGGCUGUCCACAUCUGAGCCCUGUUUGAAUAAGCUGAGUUAAAAUAUAUUGUACACUGUUGUCGGUUCUUAAUAAUUAAUAAAAUGACAUCACUGAAAAUAGGAAACAAACUAAAAGUGGAAGAAGGAACUAGAAUUCAAGCGAACUUGUAUUUCAUAACUUAAUACAAAGGGAUGAAGGGUCGAAGUUGUUAACCUCUUCUAAUGAAGACAAGGAAACUGCUCGACUAGUUUUCUUUACUUAAAGUGAACUAAGACCAGGUUAAUUUAAUUCCAUUAUCACAGUGUGUCUCUUGUCCUGCUUAUAGUUGAUAUAAUACCAUUAUAGCAACACAAAUAAGCUACUGGAAUACACACUUAAUACAGCAAAUUCGUAUUUAUGCCGGCUUGUUGAAGCAAUGCAAAUAAAAUAACCUGUGAGACCAAGGGGACUUAUUCGCUCUAUAGUGUUUGCCUUUCCUGUUUGAUAUUACCAUAGGAACGCACAUUUAAAGCUAGAAUUUCCACCUGUAGUUAUCAAACCGCUCGUAUUUUGUUCUUUCUGAACAGUUUUCGUGACUGCGCUACAAAUCAGUAUUACCAAUUCCCGAUGUUUUUUUUUUUUUUCCAAGCCUUUUUAAAGCUUCCCUGCCAGCAGAGGCUACUUUUCACGAUAUUCGGCGGGCGGAAGGAAAAGCCGGCUUGCCGUCAAUACCCCUUUAUUGUUUUAGCCUUCCGCCAUUAACUUGAUACACCUGUUUUAUCGUAAUAUGCCGAAUAGACUAUCUCCCAUUUCUCUUACAAUAAUUGUCCAACUUAUUUUCGGAUUGUUGAACAAAACUGUCAUCAGCACAACGUACGUUUUUAAAUUCGGUGGCAUGGCCACAAACUUUAAGUUCACAAGACAGUGUUGAGUUCAGUUCCAAAACCUCUAGCAUUUAAAGCUAGAAUUUCCACCUGUAAUUAUCAAACAGUUCGUAUUUUGUUCUUUGUGAACUGUUUUUGUGACUGCGCUACAAAUCAGUUUUACCAAUUCCCGAUUUUUUUUCCUUUUAAGCCCUUUUAAUGCUUUCCUUCCAACAAAGGCCUCUUUGCAAGAUAUUCGGCGGGGCGGAAGGAAAUCCCCACGAAUACCAUGAAAAGAGGCAUAUUUCUAAUGGCGGUGGCAGUGCUAUAAUUAACAGUUAAUGAAUGAGGUUGAGUAUCUUAUGAAGAAUUAUGGAGAUCGAGGAGGGUGUUAUCCGUCGAGGCCGUAGGCCGAGGCGGAUAACACCCUCCGAGAUAUCCAUAAUUCUUCAUAUGAUACGAAAGCCGAAUUCAAUAACUGUUUUAUUAUUCAUUCAAAAUAAUUCCCAGUUUAAAAAUAUAGCUAAAACAUGCUUACCUCCAUCGAUCCAUCGAUGUUCAGUUCAUCUUCGAUAGCGUACGUUUAGGUUUGUCCAGCUCCUCAAAUAUUCUCCAAAUAGCAGAUGUCGCCCUUCGAGUUGUCUUCUUGCUGUUCGUUCUUGCCAUGUUUUUAGUUAUGUUUUCGCCUAGUUCUUACUCUUGAAACGAGUGAAAUGUCCGCCAUUUUUUCAAGUUCACAACCAAAACAACUCAACCUCGUCCCCAGGUGUUCUCGGUUAACGGUGCCUUAACCUGCGAAAAGCUGCAUUUUUGACGUCAUUUCCUCGUUAAAAUCUAAUUUCUUCCAAAUUUGGUCAUCAGUAACUGGUUAUGGUGAAUUAAACGUGUGCUUUUAGCCAAUCAGAAUCGGGGAAAUAUUUUGAAUGAAUAAUAAUAUUUUGUAACAGCACGGAAAAGUCUGCUAAAAGCAUCACGCCGCAUUAUUAUAGAGCAAGUAAUACGAAUAAGUGCGUCAAAUCUAAACUAGUAAUAGUUGUCACUACAGCUAGCUGCCCCCGUUCUAUAUGUUGUUGGUCAAUAGUUUUCUUGGUCAUUGUGUAGCUCUUUGAAAAGUACCGACUCUUAAUGAAGAUUCUCACACAUAUUCCAUACAAUAAGCGAGAUAAAAACAGGAAACCAAGGUUCCAUACACUGAUUCAGUUCGAUUCACACAGCUUUGAUCAAAACAUUCUCAGUUUCGAGAAUAUUUUAUGUUAAACCGUAAAAAAUAAAAAAGAAUUAAAGUUGGAAUUUUUCGCUAUUUCUCUUUCACCUCCCGCGUUCUAAUCAUUUUGUUCUUGUUGUUGUUAACUAUCAAAACAAUAAAAAAGGCUAGUUAGAAUUGAGCCUCGCCUUAAUUUUGUCUAUCCAAUCCUUAUUAUUCGUCAGUUGGUCUUUAAGCAUCUACGCAUCAAAGGAUACAGUAUUAAGAGCCAGUCUCUGUAAGAUCCUCAUAUCGAGUUUUGCCCACAAAAUGAAUUUCGCUCAUAAUUUUUCUGUAGACUUCUUUUAAUAAGUAUAUAACAAAUGUGAAACUAGAUUGGAGAAAUUCGCUUCUGUAAAUUUUUUUAGACGAAUUUUCUUUCGGCGCCACAUGAGGACCUGAGAUGAUAUGCAAAUUUUGUCAAAAUUCAACCGAUUGCUCCGCAUAAAAGAGUGCGACCCAAAGCUUCCAAUUUACUAGUUAUUUUAAUUGAGCCCUUAUCUUUAAAAUAAUACAGGUCAGAAUCAUCAACACCUUUUCGUUUAGAAAAUCGAAGGAAACACACUUAGCCCCUUUGACCCACUUAGCGAAACAUACGAUUUUAGCCAAAUUCAGUGGAUUAAAUCUCAAAAGUGGCUCACUCCCCUUACAGACUCUCCUGCGUAUCAUUGUGUAGUUCAAUCCUUCAGCUACUGAAUAGUGUUAAAAGUUUUGGCGUUGGGUUAAAACCAUAGCCACAUGGAAAACAGUGAUUGAAAGUAUGCAGUCUUUAGGAAUGGACAAUUUUCGAGUGGCAUAUACCCGAUUUCUCGCUUUCUAUUCUGACAAUCCUUCUGGACUUCAGGAUGGCGAAACACCGGCGAAAUGGCAAAGUAAGGCAAGUUUCGCCACUCACCCCUCGACCGAAACUGAAUGGCCGCCAAAACUUUUAACACUAUUCAGUAGCUGAAGGAUUGAACUACACAAUGAUACGCAGGAGAGUCUGUAAGGGGAGUGAGCCACUUUUGAGAUUUAAUCCACUGAAUUUGGCUAAAAUCGUAUGUUUCGCUAAGUGGGUCAAAGGGGCUAAGUGUGUUUCCUUCGAUUUUCUAAACGAAAAGGUGUUGAUGAUUCUGACCUGUAUUAUUUUAAAGAUAAGGGCUCAAUUAAAAUAACUAGUAAAUUGGAAGCUUUGGGUCGCACUCUUUUAUGCGGAGCAAUCGGUUGAAUUUUGACAAAAUUUGCAUAUUUCACAAGCGUCUCAGGUCCUCAUGUGGCGCCGAAAGAAAAUUCGUUUAAAAAAUAUAUAUAAUUACACGAGCUUAUUACAUGGAGGAAGGUGUCCUUAAAACACUGACAUAUACCACAUUCACAACAAAACUGAAACGAACACUGGAUCUCUGCGGCUACGAUAGCUCGCCUUUCUCUGGACACUACUUCAGGCGAGGGAGUGCUUCAUUUGCCUUGCAUUGCGGCGUGCCUAGCGAUUAUAUUAAGCUACAAGAUGACUGGAAAUCGACUGCAUAUGAGCGUUACUUAGACCAUUCACUACGCUACAACUUAGAGGCUGUCCAACAGAUGAGCCAGGGUAUCACUCACCCUUUUCUCUCUUUGGGGGUUUGGAGGGUAUCGCGCGAUGGUCUAGGCAAUAGAGACCCAGAGAACCCCAAAGGGAGUUGUUGUGUAUUUAGUGAGUGAUAAACCUGUUUAUCAGGAUUAAAUACAUGUGGUGGAAGUUCAGCGUCAAGCCCAUGUAUAUAUGCAAGCUGCUGCCACGUGUGAGUCAUUAUGCGAUUCUGGUCAGCUGAUGCGUUGAACACGAUUGUAAGCUUUUCUUGUCCCAUCCCUCCCUCCCUGAGGGUAUCGCGCGUGGUCUAGGCAAUGAAGACCCAGAGAACCCCAAAGAGAGUUGUUGUGUAUUUAACGAGCUUAUUACAUGCCAACCGAAGAUAAUUUUAGCUUUUUUUUUUAGCUUGUAACUGCGCUGAAUAUGCAAUUCAAAUUUCAUAUCAUCAGCGAUCAUUUUUAGCUGUCGAACAAAGUAGAAUCCUGACGAAUUUUUGCAAGUGUUCACCGCUAAAUAAAUAUGUUUUAUUUAUUUAUGUAUUUAUUCAUUCAUUUUUUUAUUUAUUCAUCAGUCCGUUCGCGUAGACACGGAUAUGACUAAUAACAUUUUUGCUAACUAAAAAGUAAAUAAAGUCCGGAAGAUAAAUCGAUAUUUUGUGGGCGUUUUCACUGAAGAAAACAAUUAUUCCACUCGCACUUGCUCCGUCUGAGAUGAUUACUGAGCCAGCCCAUAUCCAACAACCGGCAGGUGGAAUAAUUGUGUUAAGAACGAAUCCAUCAGGAAAUUGAGUAAUUUUUAUUUUCAGUGGUCAAAAACCUUGUACCAGAAUAAUUUAAACAAUAUGGCAUUCUGUUUUUACAUUUUUAAAGGACUAAAGAUGAAAUUAGCUAGACGAGUAAUAACACCAAAGAAAAUUUCUUAUGAUAGGACGAGAAAAUAAACGUCAAAUUUCAUAAAAUGGCAUCUUACACAUGACAUUUUCAGAGUUUUACCUUUGUUUUCACAAUUUUUGUGAAAAUUUGACAUUUAUUUAUCGGGCUCCCAUAAAAAUAGUAUUUGUUGUUAUUACAGUUAACUAACUUGUAUAUAAAUAGCCCUUGAAAAAUGUAAAAAAUUCAAAUUAUUCUGGUACCAGGUUUUUUUGUCCACUAAAAAUUGAAAUUACUCUAUUUCUUGAUGGAUUCCUUCUUAAUGCUACGUGUAACUAAAACUUGGGGCUCAACUUGGUCGACGAAAGUCAAUAACUGAAUUUGCCGUAAAUUCAGCAUCUGUCUAAUAUGGAUAAAUGUUAUGCGUCACGUUACUGGAUAUUUUGACUUUGACAUAAAAUCAAGGUCUUUACUUACAGCCGUAUCCUUUCCUUUGUGUAGUCUCCUUGUGACAGUUCGCCCUGUAAGAACUCUCGAAAGAACACUGGAAAAUGCAUUUCCUUGUACCAGGAAAAUGGAUAUAAGUGUAUCUGCGUGGAAGGAUUCACCGGAAAAGACUGCGAAACGAGUAAGAAAUACUGAGUUGAAACAAUGUUGCCACUUACUGUAAUACAAUCACAGGUGACACACUAAUUAACGCACUUUGCAAGUGGGAACGGUUAUCAGCAUAAAGCUUUUGUACUGAUUUUAGGUAUUAUAUUAUUGACCUUUGCUUCUUUGAGCUCACUAAAAUAAAAAAAAAUCUAACUGAGAAGAUUUUGAAAUCUACCUUGAAAGAAAUGUCGACCAAUAAGUAUCACACUGAACUUUUACUUCACGUUACCUGACCACAAAUUUCAAUUUCCCUGCUUGAUCGAUAAAGUGACUUAUUUAUAGACAGGCCUUCUCCAUCAACCUCUAGAACAACGUUUACAUUUAAUAGUUGGGUAUUUUGACUCUUGCUGAAGUCUAAUGUACCUUGGCUGAAAGAUACAUAAUUAUCAUUUUAUAUAUAUAUAUAUAUAUAUAUAUAUAUAUAUAUAUAUAUAUAUAUAUAUAUAUGUAUCUUUGAUUCUCUCUCCUGCAGAUAUAAAUGACUGUGUCAAUAUUACUUGUUUGAACAACGGAACUUGCAUCGACCAAAUUAAUGGCUUCAACUGCAGUUGCCCUCCAGGAUUUGCCGGCAACCGAUGCGAAAUUGGUUAGUUACUAAUUGCUGCUAUUUGCAUCGCAUUUCCGCCAGAACGCAACAUGCUAUGUAUCCCGUUUAAACACCUAAUGUUGGAUACUGUUGAAUGCUGAUAACUAAUAUAUAUGGAUCAAUUUUAAAUCCGAUCCUACAUGGAUCCUACAUCAUCGACAUCAUCCGACAAUCGUUUUAUUCGGGAGACUCUGGGGUCCGCUGGCCAUGGAUAAUUGUAUGUUAAUUUCAAUUUUGCAAUUUUAUUGACCUCGAAUUCCUCUCGGUCCCUGAAAAUGCCGAAAAAAAAAAAAAAAAGACUUGGCCAAUACUAACGCAUUUAUCUUAGUCGUUAUUUUUUUGUUAUAUUUCCUUUAGAUAUAAACGAAUGUGAGAGCGGUCCCUGUUUAAACAACGGAGCAUGCACCGACCGAGGCAACGAAUUCAACUGCAAUUGUCCACCAGGAUUUUCGGGCAAUCGAUGUGAAAUUGGUGAGCUGUGUGUUUAGCUGUUAUUUUUAUUGUUUAUCGGCUUGAAAAUCUAUACACUAACUGAUGGUGUUGGUCCUGCAUGUUCACUUGUUGUUGCUUUUAUAUGAAGAAGAGAUUUAUUGGCAUUUAUAGCUUUCUUUCGCAAGUUUCAAUUCGUUGAAGUCAGUAUGCAGUAAAGAACCCUCCGUAAAAGUGGUUUCUUGUUUCUUUCUUUUUGUUGUUGUUGUUUGCAAUUUAUAUUUCUGAUUAUUGUUUCCUUCAGAUAUAAACGAGUGUGAGGGCAGACCCUGUUUAAACAACGGAACUUGCACCGACCGAAUCAAUGCAUUCAACUGCAGUUGCUCGCCUGGAUUUUCUGGCAAUCGAUGUGAAAUUGGUUAGUGUUAAGCUAAUUACCCUAUAAUGAUCUCGUAAGGUUAAGACGUGCUUAAAUGUCAACACCUAUCCAGCCAGAUGGAAAUUCUGGACUGGAAUGGACUCUGGACUGGACUGGAUAAGAAGAAUAAAAGCAUUUUCAUUAAUUCCUACUCUGUGUGGCAACAAAAGCCCCAUGGGGAGGCUGGUACGUGCAAGAAACAGGGUCUAUCUUUUUGUCGAGGGUCGAAUUUCUUGCCGACCAUCUGAUCGCUGUCCGUGAAUAAAAGCUACCCUUUUCCAGCACAAUAGGAAAUAAUCGCUGAAGCCGUUGUGAAAGAUAGUUUUUUGCUGCAGAAACUUCUGAUUUCUGUUUGAAAUGCACAUUAGGGAUAAAGAUGUGUACAAAAUUAGUUUCGCCACAUGACUUAUGGACAUUUACAUUCAUCCGGGUAUUAAUAAAGGAGGUAUACACAGAAAACACAUUUCUUUUUUGUGGGUACGUAGGGAAGGACAACGAACAAUCCAUUAGUUUUACCAUAACCCCCCCUCCGUCCAAAAAAAAAGCGGUGGUGCCGUCAGCGGGAGCCGGCGAAUCCGGUGAUAAGAAUAAGGCGAUUACACGUUAAAAAAUAUGUGCAUAUUCGUCAACAAUUAGCCGGAUUCGUGUUUUUGUCACGGGUUUUCCACUUUUUUUCCAUGACUAUAUUUUGAUAUCUGCCGCAAAAAUCUCCUCGUGCAACUUUCUGUCAUUUUUGUUAACACUUUGCUGUGUUCCUAUUGGAUAAGAUCUUGACACCUCUUAAGGGGCGAAAUUAAAAAUAAAUAGAUAAAUAGGCCGUCUGCUAGCGAUGGUGGCUCCACCACCAAAACAACCCCAAACUCUCACAAAUAAGCCAGCUCGGAGACUAGUUUAUCGUUUAUCUCGCGAUAGUCGUUACUUAGUUAUUCAUUCACGACGUUUCAAACUGCGUACUUCUAGUCUUCAUUAGUCGAUUGUGUCGAGUAUUAAUGUGGGCGGACUAAUAGUUACUCCGUAGUUGCUAGUUAUUAGGAUUAUGAGCCUCAUUUGUGGUUGGUGGGUUUUCCAGCAUCCAUGCGGUCUGCAGUGGUACUAAUCUGCAGCUGUGUAGUCGAUGUCUGAUCGUGGUUAUCCACGCUUCUGAAAUCUCAACGGCUGUUAUCUCAAUUCAGAGCGUGAAAAUAAGACGAUAUCGUUAAUUUUUUGUAUGCGCCUAAUAGGCCUUCAUUGCCAGAAAACCUGCGUAUGGACUAGUCUGAAAUGUCACACGUCUCCACCCCCUAACCCGUGGGGGGCGCGUCUCUCUCCCCUGCGCCCUUCACGGGUUAUGGGGUGGAGACGAAUGAUAAUUCAGACGACGUAUGGACAUUUACGUUCAGCCGGGGGUUAAUAGGUAUGCAGGGAAAACACAUUCCCUUUUGUGGGUCGGUAGGGAAGGACAUAACGAACAAACCAUCACUUUUUCCAUGACGAGGUGGGUCGUCUGGCUUAGCCACUUCCCUUAUUGUGGCACGCAAUCAAAGAAAACGUCGAUCAUCACAAUGAUUUUCUGCGAAAGAUUUCAACAGACGAUCGAAGGAAUCAUUCACUAAAAAUUAUAUUCUUCUAAAUAAAGCAAUGCAUUCUAUUUACUAUUUUGCAGACAUCAACGAGUGUGAGACAGGAAAGCAUCACUGCGACUCCAAUGCUUUCUGUAACAACACUAAAGGCUCUUACAAUUGUACAUGCAAACCAGGAUAUACUGGAAACGGCGUUAACUGCACAGGUAAAAUAAGGAAGCGAAAACCCUCAGCCGAUAGCUCUGAACUGAACCUGAUAGGAAAGCAUUUCUAUUCAACAAAUUCUUUCGAGUUCCAUUAUGGUGUAUGUUACAUCUUUAGGGGUUCUUUAAAAUCGGUUCCAACAUGACAACAUGUGAUAGGCCACUUGUUUAUGGUUGGCAUGCGAACAGGCUCACUUGUGCCAGUUUGGGGUUAUAUAUUAAGGCGGCGGUGCCGUUAGCGGGAGCUGGCGAAUAAGGCGAUUAAACGUUAAAAAAUAUGUGUAUAUUCGGCAACAAUCAUUAGCUGGAUUCGCGGUUCUUGUCACUGCUUUUUUUCCUUUUUUCCUGACUAUAUUUUGCUAUCUUCCGCAAAAAUCUCUCCGUCCAACUUAUUGUUAUAAACAUUUUGCUUUGUUUCUAUUGGAUAGUGCCUUGACACUUCUUAAGGGGCCAAAUUAAAAAAAAAUAAAUAGCCCGUCUGCAGGCUCGCUUAUUUUCCCCGCCCCAUUCUUCUUGCCAACUCAAGAGCUGGUGGCUCCACUACCAAAAAACCCCAAAACUCUCACAAGUAAGCCCGCUCGCAGAGUAGUUUAUCGUUUAUCUCGCGAUAGUCGUUACUUAGUUAUUCAUAUACGACGUUUAAAAGUUCGUACUUCUGGUCUUCAUUAGGUAGGCGAUUGUGUCGAGUGUGGGUGGACUAAUAGUUCCACCGUAGUUGCUAGUCAUUAGCACUACGAGCCUCAUUUAUGGUUGGUUGGUUUUCCACCAACCAUGCGGUCUGCAGUGGUAAUAAUCUACAGCUGUGUAGUCGAUAUCUGUUGUCCAGUGAUUAUCCACGCUUCUGGAAUGUUAAUUAAGGGAGUGUGCAAAUAAAACUGAUAUCGUUAUUGUUUUGUAUGCGCCUAAUAAGCCUGCAUUGCCAGAAAAACUGCGUAUGGACUAGUCUGAAAUGACACACGUCUACAACCCCUGACCCGUGGGGGGGGGGGGGGGCGCGUCUCUCUACCCCGCGGCCUUCACGGGCUAGAAGGUGGAGACGAAUGACAUUUCAGAAUACGUAUGGACAUUUACGUUCAUCCAGGGAUUGAUAAAGGAGGUAUAAAAAGAAAACACAUUUCCCUUUUGUGGGUUGGUAGGGAAGGACAUAAUGAGCAAACCAUCAGUUUUUCCAUGAAGUGCUGUGUCGUCUGGCUUAGCUACUUCCCUUAUUGUGGCACGCAAUCAAAGAAAACGGUAAUCAUCAAAAUGAUUUUCUACGAAAGAUUUCAACAGACGAUUGAAGGAAUCAUUGAGUAAAAAGUGUAUUCUUCUAAAUAAAGCAAUGCAUUCUAUUUACUAUCUUGCAGACAUCAACGAGUGUGAGACAGGAAAGCAUCACUGCGACUCCAAUGCUUUCUGUAACAACACUAAAGGCUCUUACAAUUGUACAUGCAUACCAGGAUAUAUCGGAAACGGCGUUAACUGCACAGGUGAAAUA